AUGGGAAAUAAUCCCAGUCAGGAACUCGAGGCUAAGUUGACGCCAUCUGUCCCUCCUGUAUUACAACAACCGCAUGAGCCACAUUCAAAUGAUACUACUCUUGGAGGCAACCCAGUAGGGCCUAUUAUAAAAGCGUACAAUCGCUCAACCAGUCUUAGGUCCACAGGCACGAGUACGCAUAAGAAUGUGUAUGAAGCCUCCUGUCUAUAUCGAAGGAAAGUGUACGCUGAGUCCUUGCCAAGAUUAAAGCGACCAUCUAAGACCCAAACAAGGAACGUUCCCUUACCAACCCCACCAAUUCAUCUCGGCAAUAGACAUGCUGUCAAGCUCCAGCCUGGGCCUCCUAAAAGUGCUACAAAGGGUUUACAGGAGUCAGUUGCUCAGCAGGCUGUUUCGCGUCCACUGAUGUCUUACAGAUUCCCAUGCCAUGCUAAUCAGCAGUGGAAUGGAAACAAUUGGACUGAUGUUGGCAGCGAAAGUAUUCUGACCAGUAAGGCAAUCGUUUCAGAUGAAAACGACACUGCAAUCAAAGCGGCGAAACCAUUGUCCAAACUAAUCGGCCUAAGAGAGCUGAUAGAUAGAUUUGAUACCGAAUUGUCCAGAAGCAAAAUUUCACUGAAAAAGCGCAUGGACAGCCUCACGGACACCGAUCUGUUAAUUGGGAGGAAUGCCCUCGAACAGAAGGAACUCUUGUGUAAAACUGAAGAGAGCGUCAUCAGUACGCAGUCUCUGCUAGCCAAAAUGCAUCAGCAUAUUGCAAAUACUCAUGAAUUUUGUAAUAUGCUGCAUAGAAUAGACGAGUCUCUGCAAAUGUUCUCAAAGGCCGCCUUUACAGUGUCAGCCUGGGAACAAAUAAAACAGGAAGACUCGUCCAAGCAGUCACAGUAG